AUGGGCAUUUGUAUUCCACGUCGUUCACAACAUCUUCCAGCACGUCGCAAACUUGUCCUUGUAGGAGAUGGUGGCUGUGGAAAAACAUCACUCUUGAACGUUUUUACUCGAGGUUACUUUCCACAGGCAUAUGAGCCUACCGUAUUUGAAAACUAUGUGCAUGACGUGACAUUGGAGGAUACAAUGCAAACGGUCGAAUUGUCACUUUGGGAUACAGCAGGGCAAGAGGGAUUUGACAGGCUCAGAGCAUUGUCAUACCAAGAUACGCAUGCUUUCCUUUUAUGUUUCUCGGUCGAUGAUCGAGAUUCCCUUGACAAUAUUCCUCAUCGAUGGUUGGAAGAAGUGAUGGAGCAUUCACCCCAAGCGAAAAUCAUCCUUGUUGCUCUAAAGUGCGAUUUACGUGAUAAUUCCCGGAUACAAGAUCCAAUCCUGUAUGAAGAGGGGUUGGCGGUAGCACGAUCGAUCCAUGCUGUAAGAUACCUUGAAUGUUCAGCCAAGCACAACCGUGGCGUACGUGAAUGCUUUGAUCAAGCGGCUCGAGUGGCUCUACCUGUGCGUAUCGGUCGUGGACGGUUCGAUCGUCGAACAAGGGGUUCCAUAUGCAACAUUUUGUGA